CAGAGCCGCGCUGAGGUCACUGCUGUCAGUCUGCAGCGAACCAGCAGACCAGAGGGAACCAGGAGGAACCAGAGGAACCAGGAGGAACCCAGCAGCUAAACAACCAGCAUCAUGUCUCUGUCUAACAAACUCACCCUGGACAAGGUGGACGUCAAAGGGAAGAGGGUGAUUAUGAGGGUUGACUUCAAUGUUCCAAUGAAGGACAAGCACAUCACAAACAACCAGAGGGUCAAGGCGGCCGUUCCCAGCAUCCAACACUGCCUGGACAAAGGGGCCAAAUCCGUGGUUCUGAUGAGCCAUCUGGGUCGCCCUGAUGGAAACUUUGUGCCUGAGAAAUACUCCCUGGAGCCCGUCGCCGCCGAGCUCAAGACGCUGCUGAAGAAGGAGGUCACCUUCCUGAAGGACUGUGUGGGUGCGGAUGUGGAAGCUGCCUGCGCCAACCCCGCCACCGGAUCCGUCAUCCUGCUGGAGAACCUCCGCUUCCACGUCGCCGAGGAGGGAAAGGGCAAGGACGCCUCUGGAAACAAGACGAAGGCCUCCCAGGGAGAUAUCGACUCCUUCAGGGCGUCUCUGUCCAAACUGGGAGACGUUUACAUCAACGACGCCUUCGGCACGGCUCACAGAGCCCACAGCUCCAUGGUGGGAGUGAAUCUGUCUCAGAAGGCCGCCGGCUUCCUGAUGAAGAAGGAGCUAGACUACUUCGCCAUGGCUCUGGAGAAACCUCAGAGGCCCUUCCUGGCCAUCCUCGGAGGAGCGAAGGUGAAAGAUAAGAUCCAGCUGAUCAACAACAUGCUGGACAAGGUUGACGAGAUGAUCAUCGGCGGUGGCAUGUCCUUCACCUUCCUCAAAGUCCUCAACAACAUGGAGAUCGGUACCUCCCUGUACGACGAGGAGGGCGCCGCCAUCAUCAAGGACCUGAUGGCCAAAGCACAGAAGAACGGCGUCAAGAUCACGCUGCCCGUCGACUUCGUCACCGCCGACAAGUUUGACGAGAAAGCCACCGUCGGCACCGCAACCGUCGCCGCUGGCAUCCCCGCCGGCUGGAUGGGUUUGGACUGUGGACCAGAGAGCUCUAAGGCUUACGGCGAGGCGGUGGGCCGGGCCAAGCAGAUCGUGUGGAACGGCCCGGUCGGCGUGUUUGAGUGGGACAACUUUGCCAAAGGAACGAAGAACCUGAUGGACAAAGUGGUGGAGGUGACCAAAUCAGGCUGCAUCACAAUCAUCGGUGGAGGCGACACCGCCACCUGCUGCGCCAAGUGGAACACAGAAGACAAAGUCAGCCACGUGAGCACGGGAGGCGGCGCCAGUCUGGAGCUGCUGGAGGGUAAAGUCCUGCCAGGUGUGGACGCACUGAGCAGCGUCUAAACUUCCAAUCAGCCCGCUGGUGUUUGCGUGAAUGUGCGUGUGAGUGAGAGAGAGAGAGAGGUGGGUAUCUACUCCUGAAUACUCCUGAAACCUUAAAAAAACACAAACACCUGCUUUACCAGACAUUUAAUCUACUAUUCAAUCAAGCAUAGAUUAACGUCCUUAACCUCAGAUCAUGUCGACGCCGUCUGUAACGAGUCCGCUGAGGAAGUCAAACUGCUGGAAAUAGGACUCAUUAGAUGAAAUGCCAUGUUGAGGUGGAGGUUGUGUUUUUGCCCAGAUGUUGACCUGCUGAAUUAAACGGUUGAAACACAUCAGAUACGAUGUUUUACUGUCACCUUUAGUCCGUUCACCCCUCAGAUACUUCAACACCGGCUCUUGUGUGAAUGUUGCUGCGUCUUUUUGCCUAACCACCCAUCGGCAUCGUCACUGCACCACCCUCAGUGUGUGUGUGUGCACAUACAGUAUAUAUUAAAUAUAUAUAUAUAACGAAACGGUUUAUGUGGUGUGUGUGUGUGUCUUUAAAUGUGGUUGUUGGUUUCUGGGCGGGGAGACGUGGUGUCGCUGUCAGCUGAUCUGUUCACAUUAAUAAAACCGUCUCUGUGUAAAAA